AGUCUGCAGAUUUCCGGAGAAGAAGAACCACCAGAAGAACGUCUACCGGGUCGCUAAUAUGUUAGCUGUGUUACUGAUUAGUUUCGACAUUAAAUGAGUCUGUGUGCGGGAAGAACCGUGAUUUAACAUGUGUCGAUCACCAGUAGAAGACACAACUUUAGACGUUAUUUAAUGUGUUCGCUGUUGGCAGCGAACUGCAGGAGGUGUUAGCUUCCAGAUGUUUUAGCUGCGUGCUAACACUCGCUGUGUUUCGCUGGAAGGAGUUUGCUGAGCGCUUUCUGCUCCUUUCGCACUGAGACGAUGAAGGUGAAGAUCCGUCAGUGGAGCGGAGUGGCCUCCUGGCUGUGGGUGGCCAACGAUGAGAACUGUGGGAUCUGCAGGAUGCCCUUCAAUGGCUGCUGUCCAGACUGCAAGGUGCCCGGGGAUGACUGCCCACUGGUCUGGGGCCAGUGCUCCCACUGUUUCCACAUGCACUGCAUUUUGAAAUGGCUGAACUCGCAGCAGGUCCAGCAGCAGUGUCCCAUGUGCCGACAGGAGUGGAAGUUCAAAGAAUGAGCGUGCAGAGGUGCUGCUGCUGCUGGACACCUCACACAGGCCUGGCUCAUCUGUACAGAAGGACAUUUUCUAUUUUUCUAUCUAAUCAAAUUCGAAGAACAUUGUAAAGUCAGUAAAUGUGACAUGUAUUGAAAUAAUAAAACUUGCAUUGUGCUGUA